AUGCAGGACUUUUUGCCCAAGUCUCGGUGUUGUAAUGCAGCCCCUUUGGCCAAUAAUAACCGCAACGAAAAAGGGGGAGGCUGCCAGGGCAGCUUCGUUUAUGCACCACUUUUGUGUGUCUACACUUUGGCCUGCCUUGUCGGACAGUUAAGCCUGCCUAUGUCCAUCUCCAGCAAAGAUUCUGGGGGAUUGUCGGCUCUCUUCCCAACUAAACUGGCCGGCCAGUUUGCCAGUCUGAUUCCUCAGAUUUUCUCUUUUCCUCCCCAUAAAGUCACCCAAUAUGUACCCCGUUUUCCCAAUUAUCUCCCCUCUGCCCCCCGUUUGCUUCUUCUCAAUCCAACCUUCACGCUGAAUUGGUCACCUGCAUCUCUUUCUAACCUCUCCCUUUGCUGGCUUGCUGCAAUUUUCUUAUUUCCUUUCUAUCGCCACCUUCUGCCUGAGGAGACUGUCUUAAACCAUCUUGUCCCUUUUCAGUGCCCUAAAGCGUCGUCUGCCCUACCCCAUCAUACUAAAUCAUCAUCACCAUCGCAAGAAUCCGUGCUGUCAUCUUUUAUAGUUGCCUUCCGCAUCUGCCCUCUCCGCCACUUCUACACUCCCUCUUGCCCCUCUCUCUCUCUCUCUCCUUCUCGUCCCAGUCAUUCUUCUCCUGGCCUCCCAAUCAGCUUUUCGCCUGCUGGUUGUUUGCUGCCUCCUUUCUGUAAAAAUAUCGUCGCUUUCACCAUCAUUUCCUUGCAAGGAUUGCAGAAUCAACCGAAUUGCGGCAGUUUUGCCGUCUACGCAGGCCUUUGGGGGCUACCACACUGUAGACCACUUGUAGAUGAGCCUAAGCGUGUAUGUAUUUUCGAACCCCUCCGGGACUGCCUGUCUGGCCUCUGUUUCCAGCCUUCGUGGCCAAAGACAAAAUACCGAUUGGAGCGGCGAUACGAUGUGGAAAUUAGCAAGUUGUCAGGCGCACUCUGGACCUUCACAUGA